UGUGUCAUGUCCCCCCGCGACGGCCGACGAGGCUUUCGGCAAAUAGUUUUUUUUUAGCCCGGAGCUGUCAAAAAAUCGAAAUAAGAGAAAAAAACAAGAGCGAAGGAGUUUCUCGCUUAUUUGCGUUGUGUUAUGGUCGUUCCCGCAAAAAUUCUCGCUACUUGAGACUCGUUUGAUGAUAAUAACAAUAGUUAUUCGAAUAAUCACGGUAUGGGGGAAUCGGAAAAACCAUUCGCCUGCCCCUCGCCAGGCUGUAACAUGAGCUUCACCAACGAGGAUCAUCUCGUUGUGCACAAAAAGAAACACGACAUGGUUUUGAAUCUUGGCAACAAUGGGAAAAACACGUUUGUCGCCGAUCAAACUCCAACGCCCACUAGAUUCAUCAGAAAUUGCGAAGAAGUCGGACUCUUUCAAGACUUGCAGAACGUCAACCCUUUUGAAGAAACUUUCAGGAGGGCUGUCGAAGAUGGGAAAACUGUCGCUCUCUCCGAGCCAGAGGGAGUCGGGACCGACGACACGCUCCACACGCCACACAUUUUUCCCAAUUUGCCAGAAACCUCGAUGACUACCGUCGAGCCCUCGGCUGACAAUCCCAAAGAGAGUGAAACCCUGUCGAGGGAACAUGGAAAUGACGGCACUAAAAACGAGGCUGCUGUGGAAGUGAAAAAACUCGAAGAGUCCAAGAGAGCCGAUCCUGUCAACAGAAUCGUCGUUCAAGAAGUCACUAAAUUUAUUGCACCUAAAAUCAUUGAAACUACAAAAGCUUGCACGAAUUUAUUUUUCAGGUCCAUCAAUGGGCAGGAAGUUCAAUUGUUGCUCAAAACAGCCGAUGGCAAGUUGAUGCAGCUCUCCACUGUUCCGGUCUGCGAAAAUCAAGUCGAUGCUAUUGAAAUUCGAAACGUUCAAACCAAGGUCGAAGAACCUUCCAAAGAAAUUAAGAAAAAUCCAUCGAGCAACGGAAACAGACUGAAUUUUGCAAAAAUGCGGCUGAAACAAACUCUAACAAAAAAUAGCUCGCCGAGCAACGAGAUCUCGAAAAAUUCGUCCGACCACGUGGAAAAACUAAAAAGCAAUAAAAACAGCCCGGAAAAAAAUUUUCCCAACUCGGAACAAUGCAGAAAACAGGAUGUUCUUGCCAGGAAUCGCGCCAGCUCGAUGAGAGCUCGAGCCAAGAGAAAAGCUUGGAUUCAGCAGCUUCAAAAAGCUGCAUCCAAUGCCAACGAAAAAAACGCGCUUCUCCAACUCGAGAUCAAAGCUCUUAGAUCCGAGGUGACUAGGCUCAGGACUUUGUUGUUCGCGCAUCAAAAUUGUCCAAUUACGAAAUCAAUGGAAAAGGGUGCAGUCAUAGGAUUAGAAGCGAAAAAUGCGGAAAUAGUUGAAACGAUCGUGAGCUCGAGUCAACCGCAGAUUUCGACGCGUGUGAAGCGGAUUAGUACCAGCGAAACUCCGAUAGCGCCGAAGAUCCCAAAAAUUUCAUUGAAUCCACCAAUUUUGCCGAAACUUGCUGAAGCCAAGCAAAGUUUCGUCGUGAACGAUCUGUCUGCUGUAAAAAUCGUGGACGUCCGCUCGAUUCCCGAAGACGAAAUGAAGAAAAUCGUCCUCGUUGACAGCUCGCACAAAAGAAUAGAAUUCGUAAAAUCAGCUCCCAGGCAACAAAUCAUACACAUCAAUCCUACGAUUUUACAGAUAGAAAACGCUGCUUCAAAGUGCACGGGGACUUGAUCGUAUCACUAAAAAAUCCUCCUCCAGGAUUUCGAUUUCGACUCAUUCCCAAUUUCAAGCUCGAAAAUUGUUCCUCGGAUCGUCGCUGUGAGAGGCCAAUAACAUGCAUUUGCCAUAACUCUUGCUACUGUCACAUUCGAUUAUGGUAUGUCGUUAUUAGCUCAAUCGAUAAAUUCAGGGAUCUGAGAAUCUGGUAAUUCUUUUAUUAAUCAGAAUAUUUUAAUCGUUUUUAUUUUUAUUUACAAAAAACUAGAGCAUAAGUAGAUACAAAAUGCAUAGCUUAAUAAAAACUUGUUACAAGAUUGAAGAACAAAGUUUAAUUAUUUCUUGUCGAAAUUUCUCAGGAGGCCACCCCCCCGAUUAGUCCAGAACCCGAGAAUUUUUGUCAUUUUUCCACAAAAGCAUUGCGAGUAUCCAACAAAAUUUUUUUUCACUCAUUCCACCAAGACCAAAAUGAUGAACUGAAUUCAGGUUCCCUUUUUGUUUUUCACACAAUAAAAAUCAUUCUCAAAACUCGA